AUGCUGGCCGACACUUUCAUUCAACUCCUCUCCUUUUCAGUUUUCACAACGGGCUGUGCCUCAAUUUAUCUUCUAUUGGAGCACCGUCAGACACCUGACACGAUGGCGCUGGCCGCCAUUCCUGCCCUAAUCAUUGGGACCAUGCUCAUUCAGGCGGUCAUUGCUCUGUGCAUGGGCCUGUCUGAAAUCUUUUUCGCAGGAAUUCGUGGUCCAAGUUUGCAUUUAGCAUGCACCAUAACGUUUUGGGGUCUCCUCGAGCUCGGUCUGUUCUUUCACAUUUCUCCUACGCGGUCUCUGCUCUUGAGGCUGCAGACCAGCAGACCAGCAGCCCAAGCCUGGGGAAGCGGCGGCCCGAAAUCGUGGGUCUCAGUCUGCUGGAAUGGUGGUAGAAGAUGUUACCGGAAAAACAAUGUGGCUUGGAGCCGUCAGAAACGGUCGUUGCGCACGACCUCUCCCAGUCUCUGCCUCUGCAGUGGCGGCAUGGACAACAGUCACGCUACGCUCUAG